CAUGCCCUUAAGAAAGUAAUCGAUUUAGCACCUUAUCGCUUAAUAAAUAAGCUUUUAUAAACUCUUUUGUGAACAUAAUAUUAUACAUUGCAUAGAGACAGUAGUCAACGACAAAUUUUGGCUCCUAGAACGUAAUGCGUCAAAAUAAAAAAAAUCACUUGUGUCUACGCCCCAUGGCCUGAAAGUUCGCGUGUGUGGUUUACAAUAUUAUUUUUAUGCAAUCUAUUAAUAGACUUAUUACAUUUAUAUCAUCAGUAAGUUAGUGAGAGAGGUAUGCGUGCGAAGGUGACGCUUCAUCAGCGUGCGGGAAAUUCGGAAACAUGUGUUUUGAUGUUCAUAUAACUUGGUGAUUUGAUGACAGUCACAGUGAAUAGAUGUCAACAAAUUGAAAUUUUUGUUGAUUACAAUAAUUAAUGUGUCGUUUUAUGUUUGUAUUAGUGAAAGCAUCGUUAGGUGUAUCUCAGGAAGUGCAUAUGUCCGGGGUAGAUGAUAACCACAGUGUAAUCAGCCAACUUCCGUCAGCGAUGGAGAGCCGAUGAAUGCUAAUUGGCGCUUGUUAUUUCAAUUUUUAUUCAAGUUCUAGGAUGGCGAACCCUACUAUUGGGGUUUCGUUUGAUCAAAAUGACAUGUCCAGCUGGUAUUUUGGUGGACUGUCAAGAGCUGAGGCAACCAAACUUUUACUAAAUGAAACUGAGAGUGGUGUUUUUCUAGUACGAGACUCUAAAACAAUUCAUGGAGAUUAUGUUUUAUGUGUCAGGGAGGAUGAUAGAGUAUCUCAUUAUAUAAUAAACCGAGUGGUGUCUCCGGACGGUGGUACACGUUUCCGCAUUGGUAACCAACUAUUCGCUGAUAUGCCAGCCUUACUCGCCUUCUAUCGGCUUCAUUACCUGGACACCACUCCUUUAGUUCGGCCACUGCCACAAGCAAAUGCGCAAGCAGCCGCACCGCCGCCUGCCCAGCCUCACCAUGUACUGGAAGUUGUAAUCGCCAAGUUCGACUUUGAUGGUAGCGACGCCGACGACUUACCGUUCCGUCGUGGCGAACGGCUGAUGGUGAUAAAUCGCGAUGAGGAGCAGUGGUGGACCGCGCGGAACGCUCAGGGACGCACAGGCUCUAUACCAGUACCCUAUGUACAGAGGUUGUUGGACCCUUCGGGAAUGCCAUAUCCUGCAACCGAGGCUCUGACUCAGCUGGGCGACCCCCCGAGUCCUCCAAACAAUAAACAGCAAAAAGGAUCCAAUAUGCAGCGCACUCUGCCAGCGUUAGCACGCGUACGACAAUCGCGGGUCCCUAACGCCUACGACAAAACUGCUCUUAAAUUGCAGGAGGGAGAAAUACUUAAGGUGACAAAAAUGAACAUAAAUGGCCAAUGGGAAGGUGAGCUGAACGGAAAAGUCGGUCACUUUCCGUUCACGUAUGUGGAGUUCCUUGAUGACAUAACUAGCUAAAUGCUAUACUAUGGUGACAAUGUGUUAGUGUUAGUGAAGUGGCUAGAAUACAAUUGUUAUUAUUGAUCAAGGCUUUUUCUCAUUUGGACAAUUUUACAGGUAUGUGUAUGUUACAACUUAAAAAAGCUUUGUGUCAUAAAUAGGCUAAUUUAUUUAAAAAAAACAUCAGCAAAAAUUGACUCAAUAAGAAUAUUAAAAUUACCAAAUCUUACUCUUAGAAACGAUUUUUUGUAUACUCGUAAGUAUAAAAAUGAUAAACGUUUGUAUAAAAUUUAAUAACAAAAAUAAACAAAACAAUGAAAAGUAUUCUAAGUCUGUAAAUAUUCUUCAUUCAAAAUAUUUUCAGGAAAAAAUUACAUUUUAACAGUUGUAAGCUUAUCUUAUAUAAGUUAUAUUUUAGGCAAUUUCUUGUACCUAAAAGGUACGUUUGGAAUAAUCAGUUCUGACUAGAAUUUUAUACCAAUAUAAAAAAACAUGUUUGCAGUGAAUUGGGAUUGUAGACUCUCAGCCCACUUCAAGUAAUUAAUAGGCCCACCGAGUAGGGCUAUAAUUUAUAAAUUUUAAAUUUAUAACAUGUGCGCACAUAUGAACGGAUAUUAUUUACAUUAAAAAAAUCUAUUUAUAUUAAUUAAAAAAGAAUCGGUUAAAUUUUUUCUUCUUAUAUAUAUUGGAUGUUAUUUUUCAUGUUACAUUGAAUAGGUUUUCAGAAAUUUGAUGUAAAACUCAGAAUUGUAAUUACUGUAGUCUUUAUUACUUUUUGGGACACGACAUUAAAAUAAUUAUAUACUGAGCUUCCAUACUGGAAUUGUUACAUCGAAAUCCAUGUAUAUUAUCUGUAUAAAUAGUAUAUGCAAUAAAACUGUAUCUGAAUACUACUUCAUAAAAAAUUACUCUUCACAGAUUUCUUCAUACUGCCAUUUAAGGGUAAUACCAAGUAUGUGGCAUAUCUUUGCCCAAUACAUGAUUAAGUAAUAGGUAAUUUUUGUAAAACCAAAUCUUUUUUUAAACUACGUAUUUUAAAUUUUAAUAUACCAGUAGUCAUCCUGAUGUACUAAGUACCGUGAAUUAGUAACGUGACGAAAUAUAGUGUUCGUCAGAGAAACUAGGCAACACAUCGCGACUUGAGCGUGUCAUAGACGGAAUGAGGUCAUUGUACUGAUUUAUUUGUACUUUAUGACUAAUAUGAGAUGUAACUAAUCUUAUUCCUAAGAUUAAAUAUAACAAUCAAGUCUUUUUGUUCUCAUUAAAUUUUCUCCUGAGGUCAUCACCGCCAGUUCCUUUGUUACUAAUGUAACAGUCAAUUGAAAAUAUUUAAAAAAAAGCAUAUUGCAUAUGAAUGAUCAUGCGCUUAAGUCUAUAAGUAAGAAUGAAAACCAGAGAUAAAAUUGUGUUAUUCUGCUUUCAUACAGAAUUUCUCUGUAAAAAGUUGCAAUGUUACAUAUUAUAUAGUGUAAUUGUAGAUUUAGGUUCAAGUUGUGUUCUAAGCGCAAAUUCUCAGUUUUCUAUUACUUUUAUUUUUACUUUAAUUCUUAAUGUUACGAUUUUGCGUCAUUACUAUAUCUAAAAUCUUUGCUGCGCACAACUUUUAAAAAUUGUGCUUAUAACACAACAGAUUAUUAUUAAUAAAUUCUUCCAAAAUAUGAUAGUCAAUAUUUUUAUAUUAAUUGCUGGUGCAAAAUGUUUUAAGUCAACUGCUUUUGACUGGACAAGUUUAAUGAUUAUAAUAUUAAUUAAGACUCAAAUUAUUUUACAAAUACAUUUGAAAAAAUAAUCCUCAACAACUUGGCUAUCAAAUGAUUAUUUAUAUUUUCUUUUUUCCCACAGUCUUGUCUAUAUUUCAUGACAGUAAUUAUAAUUUAUACUACUUAGUUGUUGUGUAGUUACCACAUUGAAUGUAAUUUGUAAUUAUUAAUAUUUGAGUCUUAAUAAUAAAUUACACAAUUUACUAUAAUGGAAUUGACUAAGUAAUUCAUAAGCCCAUAUACAAAAACUUUAUACAUUUAUAACAUAACCAUUUGUAGUCUGCACAAUUUUGAACAAUACCUAUUUAUACAAGUUUCAUUGCACUUGGCCAGGGCAUAAUUAAUAUGAAAGAUAAAAAUAUACUGAGAUUGUUAAUAUAAUGUGUAACAACUACUAUUGGCAGCUUAAUUAUACAAGUAAAAUUGCGAGUUUCCUGUUGAAUUGAAAACUAAUCAUAUAUCAUAUAGAUCAGUAUUAUUUGACGCAUUUUAUUUAGAACUGUAAAAAGAUAUCUAAGUAUGCAAUGUAUAAAAAUUUAACACUUGAAAAAUUUAUAACUUGGUAUAUUUUUUCUUUUAAUACCCCUAUAGUUGGGUUAAAUACCAAAUGUAUAAAAGGAAAUAAAUAUUAUAU